UGCGUUUCAAAAUAUUUACCUUUUAAUGUUGUAUUAUAUUUAAGAUGUAACUUGAACGUCUUGUAAUGAAGGGUAAAAUUAUCGUUUUGGUUAUUGAUGAAGUCCCUUAAGACAGUUGAUUAAAGCUCGUGUAUGUUUAUAUACCAUAUACAUGGGCUAAGUACAGUUCUAAGUAAAGCUUUAUGCCUAAAUGUGCACGUUGAGUGAUUUAUGUAAAGAAUACAAUUUGGUAAAAUAUGAGAACACUGCUAUCAUCGGAAAAGUUUAUUAGAUUUUGUUAAUUUUUUGACUGGUGCUCGUAUCACUUUGCUUGAAAUAUGACAGACACUCCACUGUGGUUGUUCAUCAUUGUGAGAUUACUAAGUGUUGUGCUUGUACAGACUUGGUUUGUAGCCGAUGAGUUCUGGCAGGCCACGGAAAUUGCUCAUCACCUAGUGUUUGGGUAUGGAUAUCAAACAUGGGAGUGGCAGGAGGGAAUAAGAAGUGUGCUUUAUCCAGCCAUAUUUGCAAGUCUUUACAAAGUUUUAGCCCUUGUGGGUUUAGAACAUCAAUUCCUGUUGAUUCAUGUUCCAAGAGUGCUUCAUGCCCUUGCCUUUGCUGUUGGUGACUAUCAUAUCUGGAAGUUAUCUGGGAUCUUGUAUGGUAAAAACUCAACUGGCUGGAUUACCAUUUGCUUGGUUUCUUCAUGGUUCUUGGAGUAUUGUGCUCCACGAACUUUAACAUCCUGUGCUGAGAUGAUUCUUCUAUCUGUUGCUCUCUGCCUAUACCCAUGGAGAAGAGUAAAAGACUCCCAUGAUUGUGGUUAUUUAUUGCUGGUCGGGGCAGCGUGUGCCAUGCGGCCAACAGCAGCCAUACCUUUUGUGCCUCUGUGCCUGCAACACUUGUGGUUCACACGUUCCAGAAUGUGGCUGUUGCUGAAAUACCUGUUCACCAUAACUGCUGUUAUGGUUCUUACUGUAGGACUGGACUCAUGGUACUAUGGUAGGUUUAUCAUUGUACCAUGGAAGUUUGCUUACUUUAAUGUGGUAUCAGGUUUAGCCUGUCACUAUGGUGUUUUACCCUGGCAUUGGUAUCUGACCCAGGGUCUGCCUGCAACACUCACCACACAUCUACUCCCUUUUAUACUGGCUACUCUGUACUACCCAACGAGACACAAGGAACUGCUGUCUGUCUGCAUGUGGUCUAUCUUUGUUUACAGCUGUUUAGGUCACAAGGAGUUCAGGUUCCUAUUACCAGUCCUGCCUCUCUGCUUGUGUAUUGCUGGUGACUAUAUUGCUUUCACACUAGCUUCUUACUCCAAGAGGACAGAUCACUCCAUAAGAUGCAGGAGUGCAUUUGUUUUCAUCUUCCUGAUAGUACCCAACCUGGUAGCUGCCUUAUAUCUGGGUUUGGUCCACCAGCGAGGCCCACUUGAUACUAUGACCAUACUGCAGAAGGAUAUUGAGAGAAAUAACAAUUCAGAUAUUCUUUUUCUGAUGCCUUGCCACUCAACACCAUACUUCAGUCAUUUACAUAAAAACAUAUCAAUGAAGUUUCUGACCUGUGAGCCAAAUCUUCAGCACAAGGAGGAUUAUAUGGAUGAAGCAGAUGUUUUUGAAGAAAAUCCACUUAGCUGGCUACACCUCGAGUAUGGUCAGACCUCCAGCUCUCUAAGUGAGAAACAGAUAUUUUCGUAUGAUUCUGGGAUUACAGUCAGUAGGCUAAACUCCAAAGAACAUAGACAAUUGGAUGGUCUCAACAGCGAAUUACAUCAGUCUGUAUUUAAAACUCUGCCAACUCAUAUAGUGUUAUUUGAUGUUUUGCAAAAUAAAAUUGCAGACUUCCUAGCACAACACCGCUACUCUUUGUGUCAUGAGGUAUUUCAUGCUCAAAUUGAAGAUGGCAGGAGAAGUAAAUACAUUCUUAUUUAUUGCAAAUGAAGCUUUAUGUGAUUUCCAAACUCAAAUUAGAAGUAUUGAAGCAAUCUGUGAUAUACAUAUCAUGGUAAUCAUAUUGUUUUUGUUUUUUUAAUACAGGUACUGUAUUAUUUUGCAUAUAGUGAUUUCACUAAGAGUAUUGUAUGAUUGUUUCAUUAGAUAUACAGUUCUGUAUUAUUUUAAUAUUUAUUACUUUUGUUAUUUCAUUGGUAGAUAGAUCAAUAGAAUGAUAUAGUAUCACAGUAUUUCUAUUUACAGUUUGUUCUAACAACCAAAAUAAUGUAAUGGUACUGUUUUUCAUUUUCUUCCCAGACACUAGUUAAGUUGGGUACUGUAUGUAUCUUUUGCUGUGACUAAGACCUAUGGUAACUCAUGAUCAUGGAAGUGCUUUGAGGUUUUUGCUGGUCACAUUUCAUAGGUUACAAAGAGGUUGUAUAUGCCCAGCACAAAGUACUAUAUCACCCUGUACACAACAGAGAAAUGACUGACCACUUGACUAGCCAGGGAGUGGACAAUUGGUAAAGAAAAACAAAACAAUGCUUCAGGUUAAUAAGUUAAAUGAAUACCAAAGAUUCAAGUUAGUUACAAUAUACAGUAGUGUUGAUAUGAAGUACUCUACUCCAAGGAUAAAAUGGCAAAAGUUACGAUUCUAAAAUUUAGAAUGGAAAAUAUUAUUUUGAGAAUUUUUUAUUGUUACAAUUUUGGAUGAAGGUAAUUUGAGAUCAUAUAUCACUAGAGAAAUCUGUAAGGCAUGAGGAACCAUCAACCAUGCAACAGUGAUGCGAGUACAGUACUAUUUCUGUCACAUUCGGCCAUCCUCGUUACACGAGGGGUAACCAUUAUUUAUAUUAUUGUACUAUAUAUUUCUGCCACUGGUUUUUGCAUUCUUUAAAUACAGUUUCUACACUUGUU